CAAGUGGAGACAAUGAUGGAGCAAUCAAAGAUGGCAUUUGGAUUGGCAGCAAGGGAUGCAACUGGAGUCCUCUCCCCCUUCUCCUUCACCUUAAGGGAUCGAAGAGAUGAUGACAUCACCUUGAAGAUAUUGUAUUGUGGGAUUUGUCAUACUGAUCUUUCCACCAUCAAGAAUGAGUGGGGAAAUGCUAGAUACCCAGUCGUCCCUGGGCAUGAGAUUGUGGGUGUUGUCACAGAAGUAGGCAGCAGUGUCCAAAAGUUCAAGGUUGGGGACAACGUGGGCGUGGGAUACUACAUCAGCAGCUGCCUUUCCUGCGACAACUGCAAGCAUGAUUGGGAGAACUACUGCCCCAAAAUGGUGCAGACCUUCAACCACUCCCACCCAGAUGGCACGAUGACCUACGGAGGAUUCUCCGAUAAGUUCGUUGUUAACGAGCAUUUUGCCGUCAGGAUCCCCACCAACUUGCCUCUGGACAAGGUUGCACCUCUCAUGUGUGCAGGGAUCACUGUUUACACCCCACUGAAGGAGCAUGGACUCAGCGAACCUGGGAAGCAUGUGGGCGUCGUCGGACUCGGUGGUCUCGGCCAUCUAGCUGUGAAGUUUGCCAAGGCUUUUGGGGCCAAAGUUACAGUGAUCAGCACAAGUAUUAGCAAGAAGAAGGAAGCAAUAGAGAAGUUGGGAGCUGAUUCAUUUAUAGUCAGUAAGGAUCCUGAGCAAAUGAAGGCUUCCAUGGGCACAAUGGAUGGUAUUCUUGAUACAGCUUCUGCUAAUCACUCGCUUAUGCCCUUGAUCGGAUUAUUGAAGACUCGUGGUAAACUUAUUGCUCUUGGUGGGAUGACCAAGCCUGUGGAGAUUGUCAUGUUUCAUUUAAUGUUAGGAGCGAAAAUGGUGGCUGGAAGCUUGAUUGGUGGGGUGAAGGGUAUACAGGAAAUGUUGUACUUUGCUGAGGAGCAUAACAUCACAGCAGACGUCGAGGUCGUCGGAAUGGAUGAUGUGAACGUGGCGAUGGAGCGGCUUGAGAAGGGCGAUGUGAGAUACCGAUUUGUUAUUGAUGUAGCGAACACCAUAACGAUAUCUAAUUAG